CCGUUUAAUCCGUUAUUGGAGAAAGUAUUACGGAUUACCGGGACAAAUUGUGCUGUGGUGACUUGAAAUGAGACAUAGGAUUAGACACGACUGAGCAGCUGCAAGGAUGACAAGGACGUUUUCUUUGAGUUUGAUAGUGGCAUUGCUGCUGAUUUUCGCUGUUACUGAAGCCACUCGUGGACAAACUGAUCAGACCGACAGGCCGAAGGUACAAAGUCGCGGCAGUGCACGAUAUCAUUCCAAUCCGACUACAGAAUCCAGUAGUUCUUCCACAUCAACGACUAGAUCGCCUCGCGAUAAAAGUUCCCGUUCAGAGGUAGAUUCCAAUUUAAAACAACAUGAAUCGCAUUUUGCAAGAGAAAGUUCGAGCAGAUCGCGAUCGAAAUUAGAGCCAUCAAAAACUACUAAUGAUUCCGUUGCUACAUCACAGACAAAUGCGAGACAUUUAAAUCCUAGUAUCGAUAAUUUACGAAAUCGUUCAAGAUCGCAUAUUGCUCAAGCGCCUAAAGAAGAAACAAUAAAAAGCAGGCAAGAUGACAACAAAGAAAGCGUUCCGGAAUCUCAAACGCCAAAACGGCAGACGGCGUCUCGAAGAGUAUCUUCGGACGCGUCUCUUGUUUGGGUGGAUAAUGCAAAGUUGGAUCUCGAAGUGACGAAAUCGCCAGACCACUUACGCUCAAGAACGGGGAGGAAGAUUUAUGCAAAUAACAAUGGAAGGGAAUCGAAGAGCCAAGUGAAUCCGUCCGGAAAUUUCUCGAAUAAAAAUCUACAAGAAACUAAAAGCCCGAGAAAUGGAUCGGAAGCGGAGGAGGCACGAUUGGAGCAUUCGAAGGCAAUCGAGAACGUCGCCUCGAAAGUGAACACAUCGAGAAAACUAGAUGCGAAAGGCGCGAAUAACUCUAGUAAAAUCAAAGAACGAGACGUUUCGCUAUCGGGCUCCGAGAGCGUCAGAGUGGACAUUCCUCUGACACUCGGAAAUAACGAGGAUGCCAAUUCUAAUCUAGUAACAUCCGCUACGACUUCGUCCGCCAGUGUGUCUCCAAGGCAAAUCUCGAGACCGGUUAAAGAGGAAAGCAAUGAUAUCGCGAGAUCGAGCGCGAAAACGAGCAGACAAUCCGACCGAUCGAAGCCUCGUGGCAGAUUCGCGACAGACGAUUCUAAUCAGACAGCGAAUUCCGGAACUCGUCGAGCCAAAUUCGAUGACACCGCGAAUGCGGAGACAAAUGGACGAUCUCCCAAUUCUAGACGCAGAUCCAGUGCAAAGAACGCGAAUGCCAGAGAUCGUUCCGUGCAUAAAUCACGAGACGCAGCCGCGACGGAAGCGAGAAAUAGUGGCAGAAACAGAAACGCCGAUUCCGAAAUAAAUACAAAUGGACGAACGGAAGUACGACGCAGUUCAUCCAGACGCAUCCCCGACGGAAAACGAAGAUCUAACGAUAAUAGAGCAAAAAUUGCGGAAACUAAAGUGGAUGAGCAAGAUGCUCGAACGCAACCCAGAAGUCGGUCGCGCACUGUCAGCGAUCUUGACAUAACCACCAUUUAUAUUCCGAAAGCGACAAUUGCCGAAACUACGACCGUUUCUGCUCUGGAUACCGAGAUUACGACAUCCAAUUCUGCCAUCACGACGAUUAAAUCGUCAACAACUACUGGAAUGUCCUCUUCAACCGAGCGAGUCUAUCGAAGCAAAGGAAGAGAGGAAAGUACUCGACCGAAGAAACCUCCGAAGGAAGAUUUCUUUAAUCAUGGUCUAGGCUUCCGCGGCCGAAAGAGCACCACCGAGGAAUCUUCUUCGAGAAAUGCAGAUUUGAAGAGCACCACGCCGAAAAGUGAAACGCAAUUACAAGGCAAUCCCGGGUGGACUCUCAGACGUCGACCUGGUCAUGUCAAUUACGACACUCCUUCGUCUACCUCCACAUCAAUUAAUCAAGAUCAGACCAACGAGAUCAUCUUGGCCAAUGAUUUGUCAAGCAGCACCGAGACGUCGUUGAGUAACGCGAAAGCCGGAAGAAGAGGCAGCACCAAAAGGCCAAAAGCGAAGUAUGAGAGCAAUACCGUGUCAGGCGUCGCAAAGAGCACGACGAGAGGCAACAAGACUUUCCACAAAUCCGAAAGCUUUAGUCUACCCAAGCGGCUGGAGUCAGAAGAAAGCGAUAAUUAUCCGCCCGCAUUCCGGGCUAGACUGUCACAAUUGAAAAAUUCGAACUCAAAAGUUACCGGGGCGAAGAGUACAACUAGGGCCAGCUUGCAGGCCACGAAACCAAGCACAUCGUCCCUCUUCUCCGAAAGGUCCAAGCUGAAGUUGGACUUAGCUAGGAGAUUAAUCAAACCCGAACUGAACGUUGACGAGAAAGACUUCGACGUGACGACAACCCCUUAUUCCGGUAAAUCGACAGACGUGUCGGCGGUCAGCGAAAGCAGGAACGUAGAGAAAACGACAAAAGCGACCAACAAACUCAGCGGUGCUCGUGUCACACACGGAAGUCCGAUAAUCGGAGCAGAGAAAUCGAUCGCGAGAGGCAGAUGGAAGAUCCUAGACGCCAGAAAGUCCUCCAAGGAUGGAAGUAUCGAUGCUUCUAUCGCAUCGUCUACGAUCGCGACCAAGAAAAGUCGCGUGUCCUCUGAAAGAACAAUCGCGUCUUUGCCCGUCGUGGAAGGACCGUCGAUCACCGAAUUCAAUAUACCUCGCAGAAUUACGGUCUCGUAUCGCGGCACCACGGAGGAAGCAGGAGCCACGACUAUCGAUAUGACGAAAAUCCCACGGUAUUCGCAGGAUGAAACGUCUAUGUCGCCAAAUUCAGUGGACGCUGCGGACGAGAACAACGUUCUUACAACCGUCGAACCGCUGGAUAAAAUGUCCGUCAGAACAAUUGGGCUGGAUAAGCAGACUUACAACGUGCAGAAAGAUCCUACGACGACGGAGUUUGCACAAGUUUACACCACGAAGUUCCCUCACGAGGUAACGCUAUCGCCGACUGUCGUCACGCCGAGAAGCACGCAUUUGUCGUCCGCGGACUCGCAGUCGGAGGAACAUUAUCCCGUCUACAUUCCUGAUGCGAGGAAAUUCGACUCGUUGAAGGACGAGGAGAAGACGAGCUCGUCGAGCGACGCGACGAGGAGCAGCUUCCGGCCUCGUUACACGAAGCAACAGCGGCCGGACAAGAUAACGAUCUCUAUGGUGACAUCGAGAACCGCCGGUCCCACCAGCAGAUACGUCAGAAAGAAAUCCGGCGUUUUCACGCCGUACGACGCCAUUCCUAAGCCGCUCAGCACGGAGUCGGCGCUGACGCAGACGAAGCGACGAGAUUUCCGGCCGCGUACGGCGACCUACAGGAGGCACUCCGAGGUGCCGACCAGCCAGCUGGUCCAGCAGUCGACGGUGGCUAGAGAAGAUCCUGCUGGCGUCACCAUCACGCCGAAACCGACCAAAGAUCGGUUCGUCACGCCGACCGCUCGUUCUUCGCCCUCCGAACCGCUCGUCAGCGUGAGGAUCGAUACUUCGAACGAUACCAAGUCGCAGGUGUCUGGUGUCGCUGAAACUAGCAACGGCAACAGCGGCAGCUCCAACAUUUUCAAUCCCACCAGAAGCACGUUCCUCAACGGAAACACCACCACGCUGUUGGAACAGUUGCGAAGCACCGUGGCACCGCUUUUGAACACCUUGGGUAAUAAGACACCUGUCUUUUCCGCAGCCUACUCCAACGUGGACACCGGGAAUUCAGCCGGCAGAAUUACGCCGAAUGGUUCUCCGCCAAGAUUCAGCGCGAGAUAUAAAGGGGCAGAAUUGUUUGUGAGAAAACCGUCCAGUGGACAAGCUGUGGUGCCAUCGAUUACGACAUCGUCGACUACGGCCUCGACACCGAUAGAGAGCGAUAUUUUAUUAAAAAUCCGAAUGGGUCUAUUGCCAAAUGCAGCAAUCGGUAAUUCACCAACACCAAGUGCAAAUAACGUUCAAGCACAAGGCCCUAUCGGGCCACCUAUCACUCGAGACCGCGAGAGGAACGAAGCAUCCCAAACAAGAGUGACUUCUGAUCAACAUAGCUCUGUAUAUAUCGGACAGGAUAAAUUUAUUAAUUAUCAGAUUGACGGCGCACCUAACACCAAUCCAAAAGUUCUUGAUGUGAGGAUAAAUUCAGUGGCUACUUCUGUAAACGAAGGUACAGCAUCAUCUACUGCAUCGAUUCCGUCUUUCGGGAAUUUGCUAAGCAAUCAAUCGGGUGGUGGCAUAGUAACAGCGCCUCCCGGUUUUCCUUGGAAAGAUCCUCUCGAUCAGAUAUUUGGCAUCACCACCAAUUCACCUGUACAAACGGCAUCCGUGGCAUCGAACCAAUUGGACGAGCCGGCCGACAGAAAUGUACCAAUUAGGUCACGUCCCGUAAACUCUUUGGUAGAAAUCUUCACGCCGCCUCCGAGCUCAAGGAAUAAUCAACGCAACAACGCAUUGACAGCUGCGUCAACUAGCUCAACUGCCGCCUCAAUUAACUCCACAACUACUGCGAGCACUACUUCUACUACUACUCCUACUACUACUCCUACUACUACUAGUACUACUAUUCCUACUACUACUAGUACCACCACUACACCGUCGACAACUACUGUCGCUACUACCACGCCAUCGACAACCACGGCUGCUACUACCACCACUACGACAACUACUACGACAACAACUACGACGACUACUACUACUUCAACGUCGACAACCACCCCUGCAACGACUACGACGAGACAACCAACGACAGCUGCAACAUCUACGACUCCUCGACUUGCAACAACCGCUUCUUCGAUAAUUGCUAACGCUGUGAACAUAGGAACAGUUCCGCCAUCAUCUACCACAACGAGAUCCGUAAACAAUGCAAAAGAUAAACAAGCAAAUACGAAGGAAAACGCAUUUGGUACAACGUUCGGUGAUUUAGCUCUGCUAAAUUCAUUGUUACAGAAUGCUAACGUUAAAACCUCCCCGAGCACGCUAAGUGAAGUAGAACAAAUGUUAGCAAACAGGAUUUUAGAGCUUGCAUUAGCUGGACCUGGACCGACACGAUCGCCGAAAGCAAUUCAAAGCUCAAACUUAAAUACAGAUUCUAAUGCGAUCAAGGAUCUCUUGUCACCCGGUCCGUCUUCUAAACCGAUAGUGAUCGAUUUAUUACCACGUUCAACCACAUCAUCGCCGAGUUGGCAAUUAAGCUCUAGCACAUCAAACACAAAGAAAUACACUGAGGCAAGCACGACUGCGUCGAUACAAUCCAGCACCGUGCCGAUUACCACGACUAAGAAACCAGUCGUUAUCACUGCCAAGCCUAAAACGAGGCCUACUACUACCACUGCUCGAGCGCCCCUAGGAUUUGGUGCGAAUUUAUGGCGAGUCUUAUUCGGUGGCAACUUGUUCGAAACGUCCACAGCAGCGAGUGCUAGAAAACAGAAGCCUACAACUAAAGCGGCAAAUCCUAAGCCUGUCCAAACUACUCAGAAACCAGCACAGAUCGUAAAAUCAACUACGCAUAAGAAUAACAUAAUGUCUACGGCUCCGAUCAGACACACAACACCGAGAAGCGUAGAUAUCUCGGACAUUCAAGUGGCUUCGACGAAAUCGUUUGUGGAUAGUGUCGGUUCCGCAUCCGCUUCAACGCCAAGCUCGAUUUCCACACGUCAGGCGUUUUUAAAUAAUCCGAAUCCUAGAUUGAGCGAUGUUUCCACGUCCACGUAUUCACCGGAGGAUGACGCAAAAUUCCUGACUGCGCUCUUGCAAGCCGUGCAAGCAGACGCGAAAACGAGCACUUCUCCAACAAGUGGAAUAACCCAAGAUGACGAAGCCUUAAGGGCGAUUUUAAGUAAUCGAGCUAGCAUGUCUAGUACGACACCAGCAUCAGCAGCAGCUGAAAUAAAUCCUGCUGCUUUAUUGGCACUACUUCUAAAGCAACAAGGCAUAGAACCGUCUACACCAGCAACAAAACUUAGGGAACAAUUACAGUUAGCCAGUCAAGGCUUGACCACCCAGUCGCAACCAGAUCCAAGCUCGACUACUAGCCGACCAACGACAACUACCAAUAAGCCAGCCAUUAGCUCGACCACUCGACCUGUGGUCAGCACAACAAGAAAAGUGACAUCGAGACCAACCUCGAGACCAAGGCAAACACUACAAAGUACGACAUGGUCUCCAAGUUCCACGUACCCACCUCCUCUCUUCGGAGAAAAUGCAGGUAGCGGGCUGGUUACUGCUACUAGAGCCUUCGGCCAGUUUCUUGGUGCUGCUAUUACGGGUGCAGCCCAACAAUUGCAAUCUUUCCUAAGAAACGGCACUAGAAGCGGCUAAUUGAUUGACCAUUAUUAGAAUGAAAAAGAACAAUGUAUUAAUUUCCGCUCAAUCUGAGUAUAAAUCAGAAUUGAGGUUGUGGUAGUUGUUAAUUAAUAAUGCGCUUACCGUUGAAAGCGCAUAGAAUGGCAACUUGAAAGUUGAUAAAACGCUAGAGAAAGUUCAAUCAAGACAGUACAAAGUAAACUUGCUCAAUUAGUACAAAAACAUUUCUAUGAAUUAUUGGACAAAUAAAAAAAGUAUAAUUUUUUAAUUUUGUAUUUUAAAAGUAUUUUUCUGAAAGUGAACUAAAGUAUUCGGAAGUAUUCCGAUAGUAAUAAAAAAUUUUAAACCGACUGCUACAAUAGAUAAAACUAAGGUAUAUUCAAUGUCUUGAUUGAAUGUUAUUGAUUAUCGAUACCUGAUUUUUAAGAAAUAGUAAUAUUUUAUUCGUCGUUGUUAAUUAUUACGUAUGACAUGGCACUAUUUCGAUAGAAACUUGAAAAAAAAAAAUUAGUUAAAGAUAUCAAUUAAUUCUUUUUUUCUGGCAUUUUUGAAAUGGCUCUCAUUUAAAUAAAAAUUUAUUAAUGUAAAAUAAUUUGUUUUAAUAUAAACAAACGCAUAAAAUUCCUAUUUAAUAUCACGGCCUGAAGCGAAUAAACACAGCGUGCAAAAAAUUCAAAAGUGCCUAAAAUUGUUUAUUUUCUCGGUAUCUUUUCGACAUAUAUUUUCGCAACGAGUUGCAACAAGAGUUACGAGAAUAUUUUUCUCAAAUUUCUCUUGUUUCGUAAUGAUUUGCAACGACGAUUUCAAGUGUGUACUAUUUUAAAACGCUUUGCAAACGUUUCCAAAGUAGGUAUUCUGACAUUUUUCCGAACGUACUUAUGGAGAUGUUUGUAACGAUUGUCGUAAUUAAGAUAAUAUUAGCGCGACGUUCUUCAUAUUGUUGACUCUGCUAUCGAGGCAUCUUGUUUCGAUGCUUCUUUUUAUUUUUCUAUGGUCUUUCUUUGUACAGUAAAACGGUAAAUGUGCACGGUUGAUCCUUAAAACACCGCGUGCGGAUAAUUUCUACCGAUAGAAAACAGAAUUUAGUAAAACUAUAUGUUAACUUUGUGACAGUAAAAUUUUCCUUUAACCUUUUAGCUAUAGAAAAUUGAAUUUAAAAAACUACAUAUUUGUAUACGAAGUAUCAAAUAAAAAACCUGAUAUUUUUUUCUUUUACUUGAUCGAUAUUUUGCCACGUAUUCGCGUAUUAAUAAACUAUACGCAUAUUAUAGAUUGUUUCUAGAUAUACUAUUGGAAGGAGCAUACUGUAUUUUUAGUAUAUGUGAAUAAUGUGAUUAGAGUGAAUGAGAGAGAAAGGGCGACAUUGAGGCAGUGCCGAUUCAUUUUGAGCGAGUUUUUAGAACUUUAUGGUAUUUGUUUGGCUAAAAGAAAAGAGCGCUGUCUCAAUAUUAGUUUCUUUCCCCAUUCUGGUAUUAGAAAUGUGUUAUUUGUAACUAAUAAAAUACAGGGCAACUCAACGUUUAUAUAUACAAUUUCAGUUUAAGAUGAUAUAAUUAUUUAGGUGUUCCUAUAAGUACUUCUUAAGAACUUUAUUUAAUAAAUUUUUAAUUUCUGAUUCAUA